UUUUGCAGGUUAUUGUGUAUUUGCGAAGGAAGUUUCACUGUGUUUGUCUUCAAAGAAGAAAAUGUUUUGAGGUACCGAUUUUUAUAUGUUUCUCCCCAAAAAAAAGGGAAAACUUCUUUUGUAGUGUCAGUUUGCGGGAGGGACUCGGUUCUGUGUGAUUUUCCACUUUUUUCCGUUAUCCUUAUUUUGACGUCCGUGAGGGAAGAUUCGGGUUUUUCUUUUUGACGAGAAAAUGUUCUCGUCGAAAAAGAAAAAGAAAACUGUGAUUUCCGCGCCGACGAAUUUCCAACACCGGGUUCACACUGGUUUUGACCAGAACGAAGGGAAAUUCGUCGGUUUGCCGCCGCAAUGGCAGAAUCUUGUGGGCGCCAAUGCCGCCUUGAAGAACCGCCCUGCGCCGCUAGUGGAUCCGUCUGGAAUCACUCCCACGGAAGCCAUGGACUUGAAGACUGUCGUAAGAGGACCGAGCAAGAGUCGAGUUGGCGGCGGAGGCCCGGGCCAGCAGGGACAGCGACCAGUCGUGAAUAUUGCCAGGUCCAAUUCCCUGCGGUCGUCGAGCCCUCCGCCCAUGAUGCGCCAGCAGAACCUGGCCCGGAUCCCGGCUUCGGUGCCCGAGGAACCCGGCCAACCGCCUCCUACCCACUUGCAUCCCCAAAUGCAGCACAUGCAGCAUCAGCCCACGAGGCCACCGUUUCCCGGUGAUCCCGCCAGAUUUCGUUACCCGCCGCCAUUCCAUGCGCCGCCACAUCACCUCCGCCCUCAGUAUCCGAACGAGAAUCAACCUCAGCUUGCAGAUCAUCAAAAUAACAACAACGGCAGCAACGACACGCUGAUGCACGGCCAGCACAACCAUCUCCAUCACCACCAUCACCAGAUGUCACCGCAACAACAACAGCAACAGCAGCUAUUACUGCAACAACAAAUACACCACCAGUAUCCAUCACCGGGCCAGCAGACUCUAGUACAAAAAAAUCAUCUAUUCGAGAUCCACCAGGAUUCUGUUAAAGUUAUUCCCGUGAUUUGCAUUUUGUUUUCGAAACUUCAAAAAAAAAUUUCUGAAGUCUUUCAACGAGAAAUAAAAUUGACUCGAACAAUUCGUGAAUGUCCUGUUUUGUACACAUCAGGUCAGUACGUGGCAGUGAAAAAAAUGGAUCUGAGGAAGCAGCAGAGGCGUGAGCUGCUGUUCAAUGAAGUAGUCAUUAUGAGGGACUAUCAUCACCCGAAUAUUGUCAAAAUGUACGACUCUUACCUGGUGGGAGAUGAACUCUGGGUAGUCAUGGAAUACCUGGAAGGUGGAGCGCUCACAGACAUUGUAACCAGGGCCAGAAUGGACGAAGAACAAAUCGCGUCUGUUUGCAAACAGUGUCUCAAGGCAUUGGCCUAUUUACACUCGCAGGGAGUCAUUCACAGGGAUAUCAAGUCAGAUUCAAUACUGUUGGACACAGACGGAAGAGUGAAGCUAUCAGACUUUGGAUUUUGUGCCCAAGUUUCCCCGGAUUUGCCCAAAAGAAAGAGUUUAGUGGGCACGCCGUAUUGGAUGAGCCCAGAAGUGAUUUCCAGGUUGCCAUAUGGACCAGAGGUUGAUGUUUGGUCCCUCGGAAUCAUGGUGAUCGAGAUGGUGGACGGAGAGCCGCCGUUUUUCAACGAGCCGCCAUUGCAGGCCAUGCGGCGGAUCCGGGACAUGCCGCCGCCGAAGCUCAAGUGUCCGCAAAAGGUGUCGCCGCGAUUGCAGGGCUUUUUGGACAAGAUGCUGGUUAGAGACCCGGCCCAGAGGGCCACUGCCUUUGAGCUACUACAACAUCCGUUCUUGCGCCAAGCUGGCCCACCUUCCUCGCUGAUACCGCUGAUGAAAAGCUCCCGAUUGGACGGACAACCGAAUGAGUGACAAGGGUUUUUCUGUGUAAUUUUUGGCGUUCACUUCACCCUCCUUUCGAUUUUGAGUCUAGAAACCGUUUAUUUAUUUUAUUUUCGAAUGAUGCAUUUUGUGUUGCACGGAACCCCAUAUUUCAUCUUUCAGAACUGAACCCGUGCCUUUUCUGUAAAAGUUGUGUUUUUAUUCUUGUUGGAGAAGUGUUUUCGGCCUCCCAAUGAUUUUUCGAAGAAUUUAACGCUUCGAUUCCUAGAUUACUGUUUGAUUACCUUUGGAAUAAUUAAUGGAAGUACUGUACUUUAAUUCGGGGGGAAUUUUGAAUGAAAAAAAUGAAUGCAGUCGAAAUAAUUUUUCAAUCAUUUAAGAAAGGUUGGAACUUUGAAAGAAUUCCAAACUUGAGCAUUUCUUGGUUUCGGUUGACCAGGAAAACGAGAUUUAAAUCCUUGGUUUGAAAAAAUAUUUUUCUAUCGAGCGUGAAUCAACCAUUCGAUUUUUGCUACAUUGACCUCUGAAAAUGGAGUACUGUAUUCGCAAAAAUUCACAGGUGAUUAUAAUGUUGGUUACGAAAGAUUCAAAAAGUUUCCCUUUAAGAAUUUUUCAAGUGUUUUUAUGAAAUAUUUGAUUUCACUUCCUGAAAACGGAUUCUUCUUGAGCUUUUCCUGUGAAGUAUUUUGAGUGAUUUCUGAACUUCAAUGUCUCGUGAUCUUUUUUCUCAAUCUUUCUUACAUGGAAGUCGCAGCCAAUUUUUAUUGACUUGGAUAAGGACGAAGGCCAUUUUUGGUUUGAACGUGCUUCAGGGAAAAAAGUUUUUGUUUACAUUGUUUGCAAUUUUGGGUCACUUUAUUGCGGAAAUAUCUUAUUCGUGGCUUAGCUCGGGUAUUGAGACCGUCAGUUGAAUAUUUUUGUGUCAAAUUUAAUUUUUUGUUUUCGGGAGAGAAAAAUGGUUUUUCAUGGGUACCAAAAGAAUGAGGAAUAUCGAGAGUAACGAAGUAUCUGUCAAGAUUUUUGAUCUGACGCGUAUUUUACCCACGCAAGGAAAACGUGUAUUUUGACGAACUCAUUGUAAACUUUUUUUUUUUGGAUAUUUUCCAACAAGGAAAUUCGAAAUUUUUGGGGAGCAAAAAAAAGUGAAAUGAAGUGAUUUCUUGUCGCGUUGUUUUGAGGCUGGAUUGGUUGUAAAAAAAAAAAUAAUACUUUUUCGUGUUUUCCGUCCAAGAGAAGAAACGAGGGGAACAAAGAUAGGAGUAAUUUCACUCCAGACGUGUUUUUUUUAUUCAAAAUUUUGUUUCUCAAAACACGGUGCUGUUUGAACCGGAAAAAAAAAUUUUCGGAGCCACAUUGCCGUCCAAUUUUCUGUAAAUGCCAAAAAAAGUUAUACUCUUCCCUCCGCUGGAAAAUAAUUAUUGUUCGAGGAUCUUUUAUGUGGGAGUUAUGCUUUAUCAAGGAAGCCGCCAUUUUGUUUGUUGAUAUUUUUGAUUCGGGAUGUUUAUUUUGCGUGAGUGUUGAUGGACGUGACGCAGUCAAAAGCGCCCGGAAACAAAAAAUGAGCAUUCAUUUUGUUUUACAAUACCGGACGAGUACGUGGAGAAAGAUUACAAGGUAUUAUUGUAUGUCUGGA